AUAAUAAUAAUAAAUCAAGUGGUUUGCCAAAAAAAAUAUAAAUUACUAGAUAAUCAAUGCAAAUACGAAAAACAACAAAAGCUGAUGAAUAUUCAUAACAUAGAUAAUUGUGAUGUGAAUAUUGGAUAUGAAAUGAAAUAAUAAAAAGAUAUUCUGUAGUGAACUCGAGUUCCCACUUAAAAGUCUAGAGUCUUUCGAGAACUUAAUUGUACGAAAAGUGCACUUAAAGUAUCGUUAAAUACAGUACUGAUGAGAGAGUGUGUGUGUGAGAGAUAGGGAGAGAGAGAGAGAGAGAGAAAAUAACAUUUUAAAAGCCCUAAAAAUAAUAAGCAAUUAUAAAUUAACAACGAUUAUCGCAUUACUAAGCCGCGAUUACUAAGUGAAUAGUGAUCUGGAGUACCAGUAAAAGUAACUUUUUUGAAAACAUUGUGUAAAAGGCUUUCCAAAGUCUCUCUCUCUUUGACAAACAACAGGGCACUCGAGAGGCACUAAUCAAACAAAUACACAGUCAAUCAAAUGGCUAAUUGGAAAGUGUUGACACUCACAUCCGUAGCCAUCGGCCUGUGCGGGCUCGUCCUCAUCAUCACCCUAUUCACAGCCACCGGGGGUUACGUACCCUUUGAUUAUGGUGUAGUACUGGACGCCGGCUCAUCGCACACACAGAUAACGCUAUACCACUGGAAGGCCGACAAGGAAAGGUGUACGGGAGUGGUGGAGCAGUUGGACACGUGUCGUAUCGAGGGUGGCAUCAGUGGCUACAACAUCACCGACGUGUCGGUGGUCGGCGAGGAUCUCAUGCAAUGCGUCCGCAACGUGAGCACCAAAAUCGAUAGGGAAAGGCUGAUGUUGACGCCCCUAUACCUCGGCGCCACCGCCGGCAUGCGACUGCUGAACAUAACGGCGCCCAUGAUAGUCAAUCAAAUGGCUAAUUGGAAAGUGUUGACACUCACAUCCGUAGCCAUCGGCCUGUGCGGGCUCGUCCUCAUCAUCACCCUAUUCACAGCCACCGGGGGUUACGUACCCUUUGAUUAUGGUGUAGUACUGGACGCCGGCUCAUCGCACACACAGAUAACGCUAUACCACUGGAAGGCCAACAAGGAAAGGUGUACGGGUGUGGUGGAGCAGUUGGACACGUGUCGUAUCGAGGGUGGCAUCAGUGGCUACAACAUCACCGACGUGUCGGUGGUGGGCGAGGAUCUCAUGCAAUGCGUCCGCAACGUGAGCACCAAAAUCGAUAGGGAAAGGCUGAUGUUGACGCCCCUAUACCUCGGCGCCACCGCCGGCAUGCGACUGCUGAACAUAACGGCGCCCAUGAAAGUCAAGUCCAUAUUCGACUUGAUCCACAAAGUCUUCACAUUGAAUACUCAGCUCCAGAUUAAGACGAUAGACAUCAUCAGCGGCCAGAACGAGGGCCUGUUCUCGUGGGUGACCAACAACUAUCUGAUGAGCAAACUGGUGGUCGACCGGUUCGACACCCAGUCCCCCAACUCGACGAUCGGUAUGUUGGAUAUGGGCGGCGCCUCCGCGCAGAUAGCGUUCAGAGGGCUCGACACCAGCGGUAACGUCACCGACAGGGACGAUGUGAAUGUGAGGCUGUAUGGCAUCAACCAUACGGUGCACGCGUCCAGCAAUCUGUGCUUCGGCGUGGAUCAGGCGAUGCUGAGAUACCAGGCCUACCUGAUACUGAGCCGCAACCGAGACAGGGACCCG